AUGGCAGCUGAUCAGAGGAGAAAGCGGAUGAAUAGUGCCAAUGUUAUUGGUUUCAGUUCUAGAGAGCACUACAGAGCCAAAAGGAAAAAGAUUGGUUCACCAGAUGGGACCUUGCGUUCGGGAGAUCACAUCAGUCUUGAAUGGGAUCGCAACCGAAGUAAAGUUGUCUCUAAGAGGGAACAAGUUGGCCUAAGUUUGAGGCAUCUACGCGAAUUUGUUGAUGUUGUUCCUUCUAGGCGGAAUAUCUUGGCACAAGUGUGCCCUGUCCCUCAUGAAACUUUCCAGCUGGAAAAUCUGUCACAGGUGCUUUCUAACGAGGUUUGGCGGGAUUGUCUAUCUGAUGGCGAUAGACAUUAUCUGCAGCAAUUUCUUCCCGAGGGAGUUGAUGUGGAGCAAAUCGUACAAGCAUUGCUUGAUGGGGAGAGUUUUCAUUUUGGAAAUCCUUUUCUUGAUUGGGGGACAGCUGUCUGCUCCAGCAAAGCUCAUCCCGAUCAAGUUGCUUCUCGGGAGGAAUCCCUGAGGGAUCAUAAAAGGAGAUAUUACUCGGAUUUAGAGAAAUACCAUAAUGAUAUUAUAGAUUAUUUGCAGAUGUUGAAGGAGAAAUGGGAAAGCUGCAAAGAUCCAGAGAAGGACGCUUUUAAAAAAAUGUGGGGGAAACCAAGAGGCGGCAAUGCACAUGUAAACGAUAGCUGCCAGGAUGUACCUACUGCCUCAGAGUCUAGUUCCUGGAAUGAAGAUGAUAAACCAUGCAGUAGUGAUGAUAAGAUUUCUUCUCUUGUAAAGACUGGAGAUGUUCAGAGAAGGCCCAAGAGUUCUGCUCUAGAGAAAGAAAAAUCUCAAGAUAAUGUUGCAAACGUGGGCGUGAAAGCUAGAAAAAAGGACAAGCUACCGAAACAUAGCAUUCAGCAAACUGAUGGUGCUAAAUACAUGUCCUACCUUAAGAUAAGCAAGAAGCAGCAUCAGAUUGUCACAAGCAUGAAGCAGUCUGGUAAAAGCAUUCAAUCGAGAGCACUAAAUCGAAUCUUGGGUAACAUCGACAGUUUGGAUGUUCAACCUUACGGAUUGUUUGUGGAAGAAGAACAGAAGAAACUGAGCGCUCACUGGUUGAAACUGGUUAAAGAUCUUCCUGCAGCAUAUGCAAUCUGGAAAAAGCUGCAGUUACAGAAACGAGAUAUAAUCAACUCUGUGGGAAGAGAACUAACGGACAAAGUCAAUCCAUGGAAUGAGGAUAAACAGCAACUUCACCCUGCAGAAAAUCCUCUGCAGAAGCUUGAUGUUCAACUAGAUUUGAGGAAUAACGAUCGAGAAAGUGAUCAAAGUGGUGAUUUAGCAACAGACGGUGAAGAUUCUGGAAGUUUUGGUCAAGUUUCUGCCAACAAUCACUCCCUUUCAAAGGAUUCUACGUCUUAUGGAGACCAAAUCCCAGAUUCAGGUCGCUGCCUGCAAGUUGGUACAUACCCCUCACAGGUUUCGUCACCAGAUUGUGGCAAUAGCAUCAAAAUGGAGGAUACAGAAGAGAAACAGUAUUCUUCUCCCAGCAGGGGUCAUGGCCUUAAUCAAGACGAUGUUGGAGCAAAUGUUUAUUCCAGCUCUAUACAAUGCCAGUCUCUUCCACUGGGUUCAUUUCCUAAUGAGCCCCAUGCUUUAGAUAUCGAAGAUAUGAAUCAUGAAGGCAAGCACUGUGUACCAGAGCUAGAGAAUGCUUCAUCAGACGAGAGAAUUCGUUGUAUAACUCCAAGCCAAACAGAAGAGCAGCAGUUUUGUUCUGGUGGAAAUGUGUGGCAGCCAGUGGGAGAAAUUAGACAGUCCUACAUUGGCCGUCAAGCUUAUAACCCCAGUGCCGGAUUAUCAAUCAUACACCAUCCUCAUGGUGAUCAAGAAGAGAAAAGUUGUUUCAUAGACCUAGAAUCUAACAUGCCUGAAGAAGUUGAUAGGAGGAAGAUGUUGCAGCGUAAAGCAAGCAACAGUUUUGGUUCUUUCCCUAACAACGAUCAAAAUGAAUUACUCCAGUCUUUGUUUAAAGGCCAAGGCGUGGCAUCUCGUAAUACUGAGCAGCUUCACUCUCUUCUUAAAGCUCCGCUUAACGUGGACCAUAAACAACUUAUGGGCAUUGGUUUUCAGCAGGAAGGAAGCAACAAUUUGAUAGACGGCGGUCAAUUCUCUGGUCAGUUCCAGCAUCAGAUGACUGCACCACUAGCACUGUCCCAGGACCAACAAAGACAAGUUGACAUCUAUGGCCAAGGAAACAUGUCAGACAACAUUUACUGCGAUGGACGUGGAUUCUUGAUGCAGCGGCCAGACUGGAACACCAGUGUUGCUCAGAUUGGAGUCAACACACAGCCCCAGUUGAACCCUGGCCCUCUGUUGAAUCAGAACUGGCAAUUUAAGAGCAUGUGGGCAAACACAAACGGUGUCGGAUGUGCAAACCAAGGCAGUCAGACCGGGACUGAGAGAGAUCAGCAGAACCUUCUCAGAAUUGCUACUAACCCCGAGCAGGUUAUUCAUAGGGGAAGUAGUUCAGAUCAAAGCUUAUUCUCUGUUCUCUCUCAGUGCAGUCAAUUAGGCCGUCCCAGAACUGCUUUCGAGCCAGAAAGUUCGAGUGCUCAAGUAAUUGCAUCUGGUAACUACGGAAUGCUGAUGGGGGGAGGCACAACUCAGAUAAGCAGCAAUUUGGCUCAGCCUGCGAACCCGCUUGAUUAUUUGAGUGGUAGCAACCCGGCAACAUCUUUGAUGCCAGAUGAUGUAGCUUGGAUAAACCAGACUCGCCAGAACUCUGGUCUCCAUGACCCACUAGGCAAGCUGUAUCCAAGGUCAUGGAAUCCAUAA